AUGCAACACAACUCAUCAUUACCGACCACCACCAACCGGUUCCACCACCCACCAAAACCACCACCCGCCACCACCAUCACUAAAUACCUCCACAACCCAUCACCACCAACCCCACCCAACUCAAUCACUCCUUACCACCACCACCCAUCACCACCAUUUGUCACCACCACCUCCACGUACCACCUACCAAAACCACCACCCGCCACCACCAACACCACCCACCACCACUACCUACUACCCAUCCCACCACCAUCCAACAACACCAUCACCUAUCACCACCCAUCACCACCCACCACCACCACCAUCACCACCUACUACAUACCACCACACAACCACCACCACUUACCAUAUCCCAACGACCACCAACACCCACUACCCCCACCAACCACCCCUACCUCCACCACCAAGAACUACCUACAACCAUCAACGUCAUAUGUGAUUAAAUACAUAUAA